UUUGGGCAUCCCUGGACGGCAUUAACGCCAGAGGUUCUCCGCAAGGGCUUGAAGCUUUUAUUCCUUUACGAGUCAUCCUAUGUAAUCGCAACCACAAUGGUCAAAUUCGCCGUGGGUAUAUUUCUCUUGCGCUUCUGUAUCGAACGCUACCAUAAAUGGGUUAUCUAUGCCAUUUUCGUCCUUCUCACUUGUCUCACCAUUUUCAUCUUCAUCUUCGUUCUCCUUCAGUGCCGGCCACCAUCCUGGUUCUGGAACCAAGCGAUCAACCCACACGGCAGUUGCGACGGGAAGGGCCUCAUCAGAGCUGCCUAUGUGCAUUCGGCCAUUACGGCCUUGAGCGAUGCAACCCUUGGACUCCUGCCGAUCCUCAUUGUCCGAAGUCUGCAUUUACCCCGCUACAUCAAGGUACACGUUGCUGUGAUUCUGGCACUUGGCUCAGUUGCCUGUUUCGCAACGAUUGCAAGGAUGUGUUUUGUCCACCAGCUCACCGACCCAAAGAAUCUAUUCUAUAAUACGGGCGUGAUAUGCUGGUCUUAUGUUGAGGUUGGCGUUGCACUCAGUACCUCGUCUGCUGCAACACUCCGUCCCCUGCUGGACCAAAUAGAAUGUUUCGUUCCCCGAUGGCGACGCUUGAAGUCCAACCAAUCCGCCUCAAAUGGCUCGAAUCAUCAUGUCACAUCCCCAGCAACCUUCGAGGAGGCGCUUCAACAGGAUAGUCCAGGUAUGACUCUUGCCCCCAUUACCCCUUUAUCCCAAGUAUAAAUGUACAUACCGGGGAAAUUGAAGUAGACUUUCUCUCGUCUUUACAAAAAGUUGUGGCCAACUGCAUGAUGGUCGCGACGCUACCUCAGCGUAAGGAAGCUGCUUUUAGCUCCAUGUUAGCUAUGGCGGGUUUUAUAUAUUCUCGUACGUAUGCGCAGGAAUACAUAGCGUAGAAAACCUGGGAGGAAGACAGCUUACCACGUGUUUAAGCCGGAACGCUUCCUCCCUCCAUUUUUAUUUUUCUUCUUCUCUUUUUCCCACUCACCCCCCCUCUCCAUUUUCGAUCCUCUGUUGAAAAAGGAGAACGGGAAAAACAGGUGGAGUCCGUGAAGGAAGUGACCACGUUAGCUCGCCCGUGUGUUUUCGUGGG